CUUGAGCACUUUUUUAAGGACGAAUUUAUUUAGACCAUAAAAUAAAAAAAAAUUCAAUAGCGUAUUUUCUCUGUUCUCUUUUUUUUUUUGGUAUAAUAUGAGUGAAGGUUUGAGUCAAGAAGAUUUCAGACGCUUAUUAGCAACACCUCGUCGAACAAAUCCUGAGGAAUCUACUUUUAAAGAGCCAGCGCCAAAAACACCUAGAAAUACAGGUGCCAUCUUUGCUAAACCACGAUCCUUAAAAAAAAGUAUUUUUAAAAAGCCUUUUCAAAAGAACAAAGAUGAGGAUCCACAAGAACCAAAAAACACAAUCCACUAUCGCGAUCGUGCAGCAGAAAGACGUCAACAAGAACUUGAACAGCAAGAGGAACAAGAACAAGCAGAUAUGGAUCCAAAACAGCUUUAUGAACAAUCAAAGUCACUUGGUGGGGAUGUUGAACGUACUCACCUUGUCAAAGGUCUCGAUUAUGCAUUAUUAAGAAAAAUCAAAAGCGAUCUUGAGAAACAACCACAAGAACAAGAAGAACAAGAAGAACAAGAAGAACAAGAACAAGAAGAACAAGAAGAAGAGAGUGAAGAAGAUCAAAUGGAUCAAGACUUGGAUCAAGUGCUUGAUCGAUUUGAGCGAGGCGAAUCCAUUGCAACUGAAAAUAACCAAACACAUGAAAAUAAGCCUGUAUUUCGUUCAUUGAUGGCCAAGAAUAUUUAUGAACAAAUUGAACAACCACAGCAUAAAGUAGACCUAUUUGAGCCUGGCAGAAUGGCCUUUGUGUUUGAGUUAGCAGAUGAAGUAGGUCAUUAUUCUGAUGCAUUUGCUAUUCCUACUGCUGUUAUUCGAAGUAAGGCAGACAUUGUAGCCAAGUCUGGCUGGUCUGAAGAAAAUCAAGCAGAAUCCAAUCUAGUGAUUGAAAAGAUCACACAAGUACUUUCUCGAGAACAAAAACCUGAAAAAGCAAAGAUCAUUCAGCAAAUCAUUAGCGAACCUAUUGCCAUGGAUCAAGAUAUGUUUAUGGGUGACAUCUUUGCUGAUGCUGGUCGAGAUUAUGAACUGGAUGAAAGCAGUGUUCAGCCAAAAACAACUACCAACAAUAACUAUUUUGAAGGCCUUGAACAAGAUCAAGACAUGAUGGAGGCUUCUAAUGAAAAUGAUGAUGCAGUGAAUGCCUUAUUAUCCAAAGCCACAGAACAAACAACGACAGAGACACCUAAAAAGAGAAAAUUCAACCAUCUUCAAGUAGAUGAAGAUGCGGCUGAUAUUGACAUGUUUGGUCUUAGUGCAUCUGCUUUGCCUACUUCAUUUGAUGAGCAUCAAACCGCCUAUCAAUCGGAUGAUGAUGAAGACGAAAACACAGAAACGAUACCACAAAUGAUGGAUCAAGGCACCAACCGCAACAAAAAGGCACAAUUGACUCGCUGGGAUUUCGAUACAGAAGAAGAAUGGCAGCGAUACAAAGAUACAAUAGAAAUUCAUCCCAAGAGUGCAUUUCAGUUUGGUGUCAAAUUAAGUGAUGGUCGCCGAAAAAACAGAGAAAAGCGUAAAGAUAUGAGUGAAAAGCAGAAAUUAGACCGAGAUUAUCAACAAGUAAAGAGUUUGAUGUCAAAGAAAUAUGGCAAGACAUUUGAUGAAUAAAUCAAAAGAGC